AUGACUUCGUCUCUCUCUCUCCGGCUUCCGCACCCUGUGUGUGCCCCUCUCCCCCACCCCCACCUCCCAUCGCCCUGGGCGCACCAGACCCAGUCGCAGCUGGGGCUCGCGCGCACUGGCGAGCUGGAGCAGAGCCUGCUACUGGAGAAGGCGCAGGCCACGAGGCUACUCCGAGAAUUAGCAACAACAGGGCUGACCACAGUGGCCGAGAAGUCACGGGUGCUGCAUCUGGAGGAGGAGCUGACCCUGCGAUGCAGCGAGAUUGAGGAGCUACAGCAGUGCUUGCUGCACUCGGGCCUGCCACCCGCCAACCACCCCGAGGCCGCUGAGACGCUGCGGCUGCGGGAGUGGCUGCUGUCGGCCAGCAAGGAGCACCAGAGGGAAAGCAGAGGGGUGCUGCGGGACAAGUACCAGAAGGCCCUGAGGGCCUACCAGGCAGAGGUGGAAAAGCUCCGGGUGGCCAACGGGAAGUACACGCAGGAGGUGGAGAACCUCAAGGCCAAGGUCCAGCAGGCCACCAGCGAGAACAUGGGGCUCAUGGGCAACUGGAUGUCCAAGCUGGACUCACUGGCCUUGGACCACCAGAAGUUCCCAGAGGACCUCAAGGCCACCCUGAACUCAGGCCCGGAUGCCCAGCAGAAGGAGAUCAGAGAGCUGAAGGCUGUGAUGGAGGGCAUCAAGAUGGAGGACCAGCUGGAGCUGGGCAACCUGCAGGCCAAGCACAACAUCGAGACAGCCAUGCAUGUGAAGGUGAAGGAGGGCCUGUGGCAGAAGCUGCAGGAGACCCAGAAUGAGCUGGCCAGGCUGCAGCAGCACUGGCAGGCCCAGCUGGAGGUGCAGGCCGGCUAGCACCAGAUAGAGCUGCCAGAGGCCCAGGAGCAGUGCAGUGAUGCCAAGCUGCGGGUGCAUGAGCUGGAGAAGCUGGAUGUGGAGUACGGGGGGUGGGCACAGGCCAUCGAGUUCCUCAAGGAGCAGAUCUCCCUGGCUGACAGGAAGAUGCUGGGUUACGAGGUACUGCAGCUGUUGGAAGCCCAGUGCAAGGAGGAAGCCGAGAGGCUGUGGGAGAAGCUUCUGGUCGCCGAAAACAGACUCCAGGCUCUCGAGUCCCUGUGCUUGUCCCAGAACACCAACAUAAGCCACCCAUGCUGCUGGGAUGGGGUGCACACCUGUGGGAGAUCAGAUGGCAUCCGGCUCAGAGGAGAGCCCCUCAUCCCUCCGUCAGUCAGAAGGGCAGCUGGGCCUGAUGACUUCCUGUGGAGGGCAAGCCCUGUGCAUUCCCAGGGGGCCUGUCUACAGCACAAGUGCUUGGAGGUGGCGCCCUUUCUGGCAGUCCUAAUGAGACUGAGCAACAGUCCAGCAGCCACUUCCUCAGAGUGUGGACAUCCCCAGAGUGGGCUCUGGAAGGCUGGAGGCCUUCAGGACAAGCUAAACAAGAGGGACAAAGAGGUGACAGCCUUGAUGUCCCAGACCUAGAUGCUCCCUGCCCAGGUUUGGCUCUCUGCACUGGUGAGCAAGUGUAAGUCAGGAGAGAAGAAGGUGGACACCCUGCAGAAGAAGUGGCACUUGGAGGCAGAGCUAGAGGCCGUGUCCCGGAAGACCCACGAUGCCUCGGGCCAGCUGGUCCUCAUCAGCCAGGAGCUGCUCAGGAAGGGGUGGAGCCUGAAUGAACUUCAAGUGUUGCUGCUGGAGGCCAGUCGCCACUCCCCAGGGCCCAGGAGGGACCUGAGCUGCGAGGUUCACAAGGCUGAGUGGCGGAUCAAGGAGCAAAAACUCAAGGAUGACACGGGCCUGUGUGAAAAGCUGACCAGGCUGGACAAGGAGAAGUCCCUGUCGGAUCAGAGGCGCUACUCCCUCAUUGACGCAUGGGCGCCCGAGCUCCCGCUGCAGCACCAGCUGAUGAGCACGGAGGACGCGCUGCGGGACGCCCUGGACCAGGCUCAGCAGGUGGAGAAGCUCAUGGAGGCCAUGAGGAGCUGCCCCGACAAGGCCCAGGCCGUCAGCAAUUCAGAUCUGCAAAGGGCAUCCACCAGCAAGACAAAGCCCAUAUCAAGAGGAAAGCCAGCACUGGCCCAGCAGCCCCCACCUCUAGAGCUGGAGGGCUGGAAGGUUACUGACCUGUGCUCAGCACCCCCGCAGAAGGAUGGUCUCCACUUGGAGCCUCCCCUGCCAGGGAUGAAGGGGGCAGCCUGA